AUGCCAAGACGAAGACAAAUUAUUAACAAAGUUCGCGAGUCUCCAAGAAGCCAACCAAUAGUAGACAUGCCAAGACGAAGACAAAUUAUUAACAAAGUUUGCGAGUCUCCAAGAAGCCAACCAACAAGAGCAAUGGCUUUCGAACCACAAGUUAUUGAUUCUGACAACGAAGCGAGUUCAUAUCUUGACACUUGGCAAUCACCUCCACUCUCAGAACCCGAAAACCAAAACCCUGUUAUAACGGAGGCGGACAGUGACGAAAAUAGCCAAGAAAUCCUUGAACGCGGUGAUCGAGAGAUUGCCGAAUGGGUUGCGAGUCGACCCGAAAUCUUAAAACUUGUGAUGGAUUUAACGAGAAAUGACAAGAAACAAGACGAUGCAUACGUGGACCAAUCAGACCGGAUAUAUAAAGAAAGUCGUGCUCUGUUCCUGCGUACGCGCAAUAGUACACCCGAACUGUAUGAAGAAUUUGCUGCGAGAAUCUUGAAGAGUACGCGAGCCCAUCCAAGUGUUGCAGCUGUGGCAAAGAAGAUUGGAGAGGUUACUACAUAUGACGAACUAAAUGACAAAAACCUCUACGAAUUUGUUGACGAUUACGUUUGGCGGGACGUCCUUCACUUGCCAUUAAUGGGAGUCAGCGAAAUGUUGUUGAAUAACAACAAAGAAAUGACGUCGAAGCUCAGGGAAUUCGUUGUGAGGGCCGUAGAGAAGUGGGUAGUAGGGAAUGAAUCGAAGAAAGCCAUAUCCGUCUAA